AUGUUGCACAUUAUACAUCGCUGAUUCUCAGAGAAACAUACUGCAAGGAAGUGCCUUAGAAAUCAUUUACACAGCACUAAGGAAUCAAAACUUAAAUCAGAGCUUCUGCCCUUGAAGCAAGUUAAUGAGGUGAAGUACGCUCGAGUGGAAUCUGGAAUAUUAGCAAGUUUGUGACAUCGCUUCCAUUGGAUUACUCAUCUCAGGCAGGACAAGGAAAAGGAUGGAUCUCAGAACACAGCUAUCCCUUCAGAUGAAACAGCUGGGUCUUCAUAUCCUCCUAUGUGUAUAAAACAGACAGAAAUACGGCAUGCUUUCAAAUACAUCAAUUCUGUGGUCUCCUGUAUGAUCUUCAUGGUGGGAAUCAUUGGAAAUUCCACACUGCUCCGAAUCAUCUACAAGAACAAAUGUAUGAGAAAUGGACCGAAUGUCUUGAUCGCCAGUCUUGCCCUGGGAGAUCUGCUGUACAUCCUGAUAGACAUCCCAAUUACGAUAUACAAGCUAUUGGCUGUAGACUGGCCGUUUGGCGUUGAAAUAUGCAAGCUUGUACCAUUUAUCCAAAAGGCAUCCGUUGGUAUCACAGUCCUCAGUCUGUGUGCACUGAGUAUUGACAGGUACCGAGCAGUAGCCUCUUGGAGCCGAGUCCAGGGGAUUGGGAUUCCCUUGAGGAAAGCAGUGGAAGUAACAGCCAUUUGGGUAAUCUCGAUUGUUUUAGCAAUUCCAGAAGCUAUAGGGUUUGAUAUGUUCUCAAUUAAAUAUCGGGGAGAAGAACUGAAAGUGUGUCUGCUCCACCUAACCAAGCCAUCAGUAUUCAUGGAGUUCUACAAGAAUGUGAAGGAUUGGUGGCUGUUUGGCUUUUACUUCUGCCUGCCUCUGGCUUGCACUGGUAUAUUCUACACUCUUAUGACUUGCGAGAUGCUGAGCAGGAGGAAUGGGAUGCAAAUCGCUCUUAAUGAUCAUAUAAAACAGCGACGUGAAGUGGCUAAAACAGUCUUCUGUCUGGUGGUUAUCUUUGCUAUGUGUUGGCUCCCACUGCAUUUAAGUAGAAUCCUGAAGAAGACUAUUUAUGAUGAGCAAGACCCCAACAGAUGUGAACUGCUCAGUUUUCUUCUGGUACUGGAUUAUAUUGGAAUUAAUAUGGCUUCUCUCAACUCCUGCAUAAACCCAGUGGCGUUGUAUUUUGUCAGUCAAAAAUUCAAGAACUGCUUCAAGUCCUGCUUGUGUUGCUGGUGUCAGCGGCCAGCUCUGAGCACACCAAUGGACGAGAGAAUGGCUGUUGUCAAGUGGAAAGCCAAUGGCCAUGCAAAUGGUCUGGAUCGGAGCAGCUCACGCUUCAGUAACAAGUACAGUUCAUCGUGAACUUUUUUUAAAAAGUAGGAAAGCACUUCCUGGCUCUCCACUGCCACAUAAAUCGGUCUCAUAUCUGAACUCUCACAUUAUAUUUUGGAAAAUCCAAAGCAGAUGUUUAUCUGCACAAUCCAAGUCUUCGAAUAUUUUCAGUAAUGAGAAAAGCAAAUGUUUUCUCUUGGGAUCCCUACAUUU